CUUGGUAUUGCGAGGGCAAGCGCGAAGGGUGCCCAAGCCUCGUGGGCUGCUCGCACGUCUCGGCAGCUAAGGCGGCUCUAAGGUUGGAUGAGGGGGGCGUUUCUAUGGCCGACCAGCUGAUCUUGAGGCUCUCGGAAACCCUUGGGCCCGGAGGUGAUGCGGGGCUAUCGGAGGAGGAGCGGUACCUCGUUGAGCUGCUCGAGAAGCGGCCCCACGAGCCGGCAAAGUGCAGUGGCGACUCGUGCUUCUGUCGACAGCACAAUCGACUCUUUGGAGAGGCCGCCGCACACGUCUCUGAUGAUCGGGGGAGCAAGGGGGGCGAUCGUGGAAGAGAGGGGGGGUCGGUUGAGGAGUUGCCUCCUCGGAAACGGGCAAGGCGGAACAAGACCUUCUGGAGGGCGCACAAGCAAGGCUUGCAGCCAGUAACGAGAGCAGGGUGGGACGCUCGGCCGCCGACGGAAGCGAGGGGUAGUAAAGAAGCGAUUCGAGGCUGGGUCGAUGCGUGCACGAGCUGCUCGAUGGCUUCGCUGGCGGCUGCCGGCGGUCGAUGCGAGCACGGGGAGGCUUUGCGGGUUCGCGCCCCCGUCAUGCUUCUGACAACGGAGGCCGUCCAAGUCUCGAGGCCCAGGUUGGCGCGACUAAGCGACGCGCACGCCGUCCACGACCCGCUCGUGACUUCGCUCGAUCGCCCCGUCCAUGUCAGCCGGCUAAGGGAUUGCCACUUUCAAGAGCUUUCGAAGAAGGGGCUGCUGAGCGCGCCCUGCCCCUUGGAUGCUCCAGCGUGCGGCGGCUCGUGGGUAGAGGCAUGGGUCGAGGCGGACGUCACGGCCUCCCAGUGGAGCCAGCGGGUGCGGGUGCGGAUCUACCACUGCUCGUGCCUCGAUGAGGCACACACGGUGCACUUUGACGGCGAGCACCUGGGGCUGUACGCGUGGAAUUCGCGGACCCUUUUCGUCCAAGAGAGCUUGCAACUGCUCUUGCGAGGCAUGCAGCACGGCCACAGCUUCAAGGCGGAGCUGGCAACGCAUCAAGCGGCCUUUCAACGGUCGCCGGAUGCGGCCGUCUUGAGCAAGGAAACGUGGCGGAGGGCCAGCCUCGACUUUUUUAAGCUGGUCGGCCUCGGGCUCCGAGACUGCUGCUCGCUGUGUGGGCCCCAUCCCAAGGUGAGAGUCGAGACCCACUAG